AUGUUAUUACAGCAUGAAGAUGAAGAUGAUCUAGACCCUUUCUUGCAGAAAGCAAGCUCAGAAUUCAUUGAGCAUGAGUAUGAUGCUCUGCCUCCUAUUGAAGAGCUUCGAAUCCAUGUAGAUGAGGACGUCCCACUUAUACGACUCGGAGCGAUUGUGAGUAUUUUUUUUAGUCACGGCAGUGAGAGUUUUACAUCUGAAUACUACCUAAAUAUUUAUAUUUUUCAGGUUUAUGAUAUUUUUGGGCCAGUGUCUAAACCUUUGUAUGCCAUUCUUUUUAAUGAUGUUCAAGAGGCUAAUCAGUGGAAAGUGGGUAGUGCCAUGUAUUAUGCUCCCAGUGCUACUCAGUUCACGUUCCCAGUAUUCAUGGAAAAGCUAAAACAAGAAAAGGUAACUGAUAGCUGUUGGGAUGGCGAUGGAGAAUGUCCCGAUGAAUUGCUCACGUUUAGUGACGAUGAAGCCGAAAAGCAGUAUAAAGCUAAGCAUCGAUCUUCAAAUAAAAUUGGUGACUUGCUAUUGAUCAUAAUUUUUUUCAGAUUUACUUUAAUAAUAUGGUAA